CAUCGUGUUGUAGUUUGGCGCAACACCUCUAGGCGCCCUUUUCAGCCAUCUUGUUCACGUGGAUCCUCGCUGCGGUCAGCGAGGAUUGACAAGCGGCGGAUAUGAGUUCACAGGAUAAGUUAACGAGGAUCGCCAUCGUCAAUACAGACAAAUGCAAGCCCAAGAGAUGUAAACAAGAGUGCAAAAAGUCGUGCCCUGUUGUAAGACUGGGCAAACUUUGCAUAGAAGUAACGCCCAACGACAAGAUCGCUGCUAUAUCGGAGAACUUGUGCAUCGGUUGUGGUAUCUGCGUCAAGAAAUGUCCGUUCGAAGCCGUUUCUAUUAUCAAUUUGCCUAGUAACCUAGAGAAAGAUACAACUCAUAGGUACAGCCAGAACUCCUUCAAGUUACACAGGUUGCCUACUCCAAGACCUGGUGAAGUGUUGGGUCUAGUGGGGACAAAUGGAAUUGGGAAAUCAACUGCCCUCAAGAUUUUGGCUGGGAAACUGAAGCCCAACUUGGGGCGUUACGGAGAUCCCCCAGAUUGGACAGAAAUCCUUCAGUAUUUCCGUGGUUCGGAGCUUCAAAACUACUUUACCAAGAUUCUGGAAGAUGACCUGAAGGCGAUCAUCAAGCCUCAGUAUGUUGACCAGAUUCCCAAAGCUGUCAAGGGAUCCGUGCAGCAACUCAUAGACAAAAAGGACGAAAUGAAGAAUCAGGAUGAAGUGUGCAGAGUACUCGACCUCAACAAUGUGAGAGACAGAAAUGUGGACGCACUAUCCGGAGGGGAGCUUCAACGCUUUGCCUGUGCAAUGGUGUGCAUACAGAAAGCAGACAUCUUUAUGUUUGACGAGCCCUCAAGUUAUCUGGAUGUGAAGCAGAGGCUCAAGGCUGCUCAGGCAAUCCGCUCCUUGAUUCAUCCACAAAAGUAUAUCAUUGUUGUGGAGCAUGACCUGUCAGUGCUCGACUAUCUGUCUGACUUCAUCUGCUGCUUAUAUGGCGUGCCUGGUUGCUACGGUGUGGUUACCAUGCCAUUCUCUGUCAGGGAAGGCAUUAACAUCUUCCUGGAUGGUUUUGUGCCAACCGAGAAUCUAAGGUUUAGGGACACUUCACUGGUGUUCAAAGUUGCCGAAACGGCUACAGAGGAAGAAAUCAAGCGAAUGUGUCGCUACGAGUAUCCCAACAUGAAAAAAAACCUAGGUGACUUUGAAAUGAGUGUACAUGCUGGGACAUUCACAGAUUCUGAGAUCAUAGUGAUGCUGGGAGAGAAUGGAACAGGAAAGACAACGUUCAUUCGUAUGAUGGCUGGCCGAUUGAAACCUGAUGAAGGAGGCGACGUCCCUUCUUUAAACAUCAGUUACAAGCCCCAAAAGAUUUCGCCAAAAUCUCAAGGAACUGUGCGAAUGCUGCUUCAUGACAAAAUAAGGGAUGCCUAUGUGCACCCGCAGUUCAUCGCAGACGUCAUGAAACCACUGCAGAUCGAUGCCAUUAUUGACCAGGAAGUGCAGAACUUGUCUGGGGGUGAGCUUCAGCGUGUGGCCCUGGCAUUGUGCCUUGGCAAGCCAGCUGAUGUGUACCUGAUAGACGAGCCGUCGGCCUACCUCGACUCCGAGCAGCGUCUGGUGGCGGCCAAGGUCAUCAAGCGAUUCAUCCUGCAUGCUAAGAAGACGGGCUUCGUGGUUGAGCACGACUUCAUCAUGGCCACCUAUCUUGCCGACAGGGUUAUAGUCUUCGAGGGACAGCCCUCUGUCAAGACUCUGGCAAAUGCGCCGCAGAUGCUGUUGGCAGGCAUGAACAAGUUUUUGGAGCUGCUCAAUAUCACAUUCCGCAGGGACCCCAACAACUACAGGCCAAGAAUAAACAAGCUCAACUCUGUGAAGGACACAGAACAAAAGAAAAGUGGCAACUUCUUUUUCCUCGAGGAUUGAAAGAGGAGCUCGACGUGGGAACACGCUUUCCAGCUGUCAUGGAGUGCCACUUGGAGGAGGCAGUCACAAGUGUGACCAAAUAAAUCUGUCAUAUGAAAGCAUGGCAGUUUUCCAAA